UCUUUCCCCCCCCUACCUUCCAAAGCAUUAUCCCCAGCUCACUCAGUCUCAACCGUCAUCUGGCUGCAUACCCAGACGAGUAACAUUUUCCUCUCAGUUUGAGCUGUGACAUCCAAUCGAACGUCGAGUGAACCCUCUCGAUCCACAGCGGACUGCUGUAUCCCUGCAGCACAGCCCAGCUCAACCGGCUGCAGGCUGUUGACCAUCUUCACCACCCCAACCAACCAAGAAGAAACUGAAGAGAACGAAAAGACGACUGAGAGGAAGAGAUGGACGGUCAAGAGAAUAGUGACAAGGAGGAGGAGAAGGAGAAGAUAGUAGCACGAACAAUCGAAGAAGAACGACCGACGAAAGCAGAAGAACCACUCCAACAAUACCGACCAGCCGAACCUCAUCGACAAGAAGAUCCUUACCAAGACAGCCAACGGGCACAUGAACCUCCUCAGAGGAAAGCAGAGAUUGAACAGGUCAAACAGGAGCUUCAAGAGGAACGGCCCGAAGGACCCUAAAACGAGCGAGACCAACAACAGCUUAUUAAAACAGAACCAGAACAAGAAUAUGACCAGCUCCAACCCAAUCCAGACACUUCACAGCCCAAACCCGAAGUACUCCUGCCGGUCUCAGAUAUUCACUUUACCCAAGACGCCCAGCCGCCCGCUUUCCCAAAUCUCCCUCCAAUCUCCACCUGUCACUCCGAAUCCAUAAACUCUCAAUUUAACUCAAGAACCUCAAACCAUACACCCGAAUCUCAUCAUUCCUCAACAACCAGCAUUCAUGAUGAUAAUGACUCUGGUCCAGAUUACUACACUUCAGAAUCCGAAUCUGGAUCUGAAACAGAAUCACAACUAUCACCCAAGAAACGGGCGAAACGUGAAAGACUACGGAGCGAGCGUGAUAAGAUCAAACCGAGUUAUUACUACGGAGAGAAGGAAUUAGAAGAGGAGGCUAUCAAGAAGGGUAUCAAGCCACCCAAACGAAAACCGAAGGGAUUGAGAGGAGUACCUGUUUUUGAGCCAAGCAUGGAGCAAUUUCGAAACUUCUACUCUUACAUUAACCAAAUCGAUCGAUGGGGAAUGAGAUCAGGCAUCGUUAAAAUCAUCCCCCCGAAAGAAUGGUCCGAGCAACUCCCACAUUUGGGUCAGGAGAGCUUGCGCACCGAUGGGAAAGGGCAAAUGUUGAGGAACGCCAAAAUCAAAUCGCCCAUCAGUCAGGUCAUCCAAGGAAGUCGUGGAUUAUUUCGAGUGAUGAAUGUGGCGAAACGCAAGACCUACAAUGCAUUGGAGUGGUAUGACUUGGCCAACAGUGAUGAGCACCGGCCGCCCGACUUUUCGAAUAAGACACUUGACACCUCAUCCGCGAAUUUCAGCCAAGAUCACCCAGACAUGACAAGUACGCGUUCGACCAGAAGCAGUCGUCGCAGCACAAGCUCCAUCGCGCCCAUCUCUCAUAGGAUAGCAAACCCACGACGACGCAAGGUCUCCAAGGGCACUUCGACUACUGAAACGUCCACGGUUGACCAAACUUCACCCGAAAAACCAGCCGUCGAGGGGCCGAUUGAGUGCUCAACCGAAAAACGAAACAACGAGGAGCCUGUAAAUUGUUCACCCGAAAAACGUGAUGAUGAGGAGAAGAAUGUUAACUGUCCUUCACUCAAAAACCCGCAUGUCAUGCAGAGCGUUACUUGUUCGCCUGAAAAACAAGAUCUCGGGCAUCAUUUCGAUUGUUCACCCUCUAAGCUCCUUCCUGUUCCUGAAGACCAACCUCUGCCUUGCCCCGGCGCUAAGGACCCAGAGUCUCCCAAACCGGCACCCAGUCUCACUGUGCCCUUGCCUCAAUGCUCUACCGACGCCAUAGCCCUAGACUCUCGCGAACUGGCACCUAGUUUACCCGUACCGUUGCCACAGUGCUCUACCGAUAUCAUGGCCUCAGACUCUCGCGAACCGGCACCUAGCGCACCUGUGUUUUUGCCUCAAUGCUCCACGUCAGAACUGUCAAAUGCAGCAAUGAACCACGAGGACUGCCCCAAAAAAGAUGCUGGCAUCAUGGCCAGUUGCUCUGCUGAACCCGAUCGCCAACAAGAUGAUUCAAAUACUAUCGAAACCCUAAUUUCGGAUUUUGUCAACCAAUCACAAGAUCUACAAGUGUCUUGUGCCGCCCCAAACCAACCUUCCGAUCAAUCGCAAGAUCUACAAAUGUCUUGUGCCGCUCCAAACCAACCUUCCAAUCAAUCACAAGAUCUACAAAUGUCUUGUGCCGCUCCAAACCAACCUUCACCAGUACCUGCUGAGGCCAACAAGGAAAAUGACAAAAAGAAACCAAGACGCUCCCUCCAGAACGCGCCAACACCUGAAGAAUGGGCCCAAUUUGUCGAAUGCUACGAAAAGCUGCCUUACGACGCCUCCAAGGCAGAUUACACCUUCCAAGUUUGUCGAGAGAUUGAACAAGAGUAUUGGAGAACCAUUGGUAAUGGAGGUCAACCUAUGUAUGGCGCUGAUACAAUGGGCUCUCUCUUUGAUGAGCGUACUAAAGAUUGGAAUGUCGCCAACUUGGACAAUCUGCUAACUCGAUUGAAGUUGAAGAAAAAGAUCCCUGGAGUGAAUACACCAUAUUUGUAUUUCGGGACUUGGCGAGCGACUUUUGCUUGGCAUGUGGAAGACGCUGAUCUAUACUCGAUCAAUUAUAUUCAUUUUGGAGCGCCGAAAUUUUGGUAUUCCAUACCACAGGAGCACAAUCCCCGGUUCGAAAAUUUCAUGUCUUCUUCAUUCGCCAAAGAGCGCCGAACAUGUUCACAAUUCUUGAGGCACAAGGCUUUCCUAGCUUCGCCCUCCGUUUUAUCGUCUGUUGGAGUGCAGUUGAACAAAGUCGUCCAUCUACCCGGAGAGAUCAUCUUAACCUAUCCAUACGGUUAUCACUCUGGAUUCAAUCUGGGUUACAACUGCGCAGAGAGUGUCAACUUCGCUAACGAAGCUUGGAUCGAAAAAGGCAGGAAGGCACAAUCGUGCAAAUGCAUUGACGACGCAGUUACUAUCAACGUAGAUGCAUGGAUUGCAGAGCAUGACGAGCUAUGCCGAAAACAGAGUGAAACUGAAGCACGGACUGCAGAAAAACUUCGACGACAACAGAAGCGCGAAGAACGUAAACGCAAAGGAAGCGAGAAUGUGGAUGUUAAAGCGCCAAAGAAGAGACAAAAGAAGGAGAACAAUAAGGCUACAACAAAACCUUCAGUGGGGAAGAUCAAAGUCACUCUUCCAGCGCCUUUGAAUCCGUUAAUCGAUCCUUCGCUUGCGAACCCAACUCCCCAAAAGGUCAAAGCGCCAAGGAAGAAGAAAAAACCGGCGAAUAGCAACCCUUCAAAUCCUCCUCUACCAGAAAAGAAAGAUGGCGAUCACCAACCGGUUGUUGUCUUCGAGAACAAUCAGCAGACCUCUAGUGCUCCCCAGCUCCCCAUGAUUCCUCAGUACGAAACUGGCGUCUUUCAAAACAACCUGCAGGGCUCUAGCGCUCCCCAGCUCCCAACUAUCCCUCGGUAUGAACCGGGUGUCUUCCAGACCAAUCAACAGACCUCCAAUGCUCCCCAGCUCCCAAAUAUCCCUUACUUUGGCCCGGAUGCCUUCGCAAACAAUCACCAAAGCUCUGAUGCUCACCAGUUCCCAAACAUCUCUUAUUUUGCUGACCAAAAAUUUCUGUCGGCUGUCGAAGCUGGUCUGAUCGACUCUAGGUUGUUGUAAAUGUAUUCACUAUCACAAAAAAAUGCGUCUCCAGCAAACUCUUUUUUUUUUAUGUUUUUUUACUUUUUACCAAUUUGAUGAAUGAUCUUUCUUCUCCCUUUCCAUGAAAACAAAAAAAAAAAUGAUCUGGUAAAAUAGUAGCUUCCCUUUUUUCAUUUUUUUCCUGCUAAGACUAGUAAGACAAAAAAAAACAAGUUGAUACUCUAAAUGAUGAAUAAUAACAAAUGAAAUAAAAAUGUGUAUUUUUUUUCUGUUUUUUCUUUUUUUUCUUACAAAGUAAAAUACAGCCUGUUUCUUAUUUUGUUAUUCUGGGCUUACUAAGAACAAAGAUUAAAAGAACAAAGUUGUGAAAGCUGACUCAUGGACAAGAUGAUCCUGAUUGAUCGAAAUCAAUU